UGCCUCAAGGCAAGGGCUUCACAAGCUUUUCAACUUAGGAAUUUGAAGGAAACAACUUGGCAGAAAUAUUGGCUUUCAAUUGCUUCACAGAAAAACCUUCCUUGUUCCUCAAGAAACUUGUUCAGCUAGCCUAGCGGCGAUCGUCGAUGCAGAGGCAAGAACAUCGAUAUAACCCUAACCCUAGGAAUCUGCAAUUCUGCGUACACAAAUUGAUCUGAUCUUCUAGCCUUCUAUCAUUACAAUGGAGAACAACCAAGACGGGAAACGCCCAAUGGACGAUGAAGGGAGAAAGCAAGCUGCCAUGAGAGGGCUAUUGCAAGAGCAGGAGAGGGCUUUCAAUAACCUAACAAGCAUCGGAAGCGAUAGUGACGAAGGAGAAGAUUAUUAUUCGAGCGAAGAAGAAAUCAAUGGAAAUGAUUAUGAAUACUUCGAAACCCUAGAAUUAGAGUUGCUCGAAGGACAAGAUAGCAACAGCGACAACCAAGACAUGGAAGAAGAUGAACUAUACGAAGACGAAGAAGAUGAUAUUGAUCCAGACGAUCUCUCUUAUGAAGAACUGAUCGCUUUGGGGGAGUUCAUAGGAGAAGAGAAGAGAGGACUGACCUCAGAAGAAAUCUGCAAAUGCUUGAGGCCAUGGACGUUUGAGCAUACAGAGAAGAGAAAUGAGAUUGAAAGGUGUGUGAUUUGUCAAGUGGAAUAUGGAGGAGGCGAUGAUGAAUCUUUGGUAGUUAUUCCCUGUGGGCAUGCUUAUCAUUCUGAAUGCAUAACCAAUUGGCUUCAAAUCAAGAAGAUUUGCCCAAUUUGCAGCUCUGAAGUUUAUUCACCCAAGAAUUAAUCAAUAUUUGAUAGGGUUUUAUAUAAUUGUCUGAUUAAUUUCAAAUGGAUUGUACAUAUCUCAUGAACAUUAGUUCAAUUGUAAUUAAUUUGUUUUGCUUAAUCAAACUUGGUUUUGCAUCAAUUAAUUUG